AUGGAUAACUUUAUCCCCGAAGAUAAUGCCAAAAUUUUGGAAGAUUCAGCGUCUCAAGCUAUUUCGAGACAAUCCCAAGCUUCCAUCGAGAAUGGAGCGACGAUGGACGGAUCUUCCGCUGCAUGGCUUUCUGUGAAAAGUGGGGUACUUAGUGCUACCACACAGGAAGAUGGAAUGACCGAGACCAAUGAAGAUGAAAUUCAAGCGAUGAAGGAGAAAUUUCCGGGACUUGGGCGGUUUUUUGCCGUCAAACAUCGCAAAUCAACGCCUAGUAACAGUAUUUGGGAACAAUUGAAGCCAUCAAAUGCCUGGCUGCAGCCUGUAGAGAACACCCCGGAUUGCGAAGUCGAUCUCACAUCAAAAACGGACUCGACUCUACGAAAGUCAAAAAAACCACAGAAAGUAUUGGACAACCGUCAAAACCAAGAAGUCCUGGUAACAAAAACUGAAGAACAAGAUAAUUAUGAAAGCAUUUCUAAGAGGGGCGCACUAAAUCCAAAUAAAACGGUACCUACUACCAAGAGAUUUCCUGUACGGAAUGAAAUAUUGUGGAAGGCGUACAAACGUCCGUAUCGUCACUUAGACGACCUUCUGGCAGCGAAACCCGAUAUACCAUCAGGCGCUUCCAUACUUGGCUUGCUUCAUUUGGCGGAAUACUCGAUCAAUCAAGCAGAUACGUUUCUCGAUAAUUUAGAACGGCCAGAUCUAGCUCUGGAGAAGUGGGUCACAGUGAAUAAUACAACAAAUGGUACUAUACCUCAUAGCGAUGGUUACAACUCGAUCAGGAGCGACCCCGGGCUUCUAACCAGGUAUAAUAUGUUGAAAAAGUGGCUCAUAGACAAAGACUCAGAAUUUGAAGACGCCAGAAACGUUAUCAGGGGCGACAAUUGCAAGAAUGGCGUUCAAUCCUUGCAAGCACAGCCAGUGAGCUGUGCAGCUGGAGAUAACGAAGCAGUCUCAAUCAAUAGUGAGGAGAAAAGAUGGCAAAAACAAGAGGACUCCAAGUUGGAGAAAGAGAAGGAUGCAGCUGCAGCUUUAGCAUUGCCCGAUGCUAAUGUUUGUGAAAAUUCGAGCGAAAAUAAUAUUUCUACAGUGCAUAGUCAGUCUUCUUCCUUCAAAUUCUCGGAUGAUUUUACAAUUUCCUACCCAUGCCAUAUUAGAACAUGUCCAGAACAUCAAAGCGGCUUCACUUCUCAGCAAAUACUCAUGCAACACUAUGUCCAUUCCCACGGUGAAGCUUAUCAUCUUUGCGAUUAUCCCUCAUGUCAAUCACAAAUAGGCACUGCUAGUGCAUUAGGAUCCAAGUUCCGUUUCCUUCGGUCAGAUUUUCGUGCGUCAAAGAUAGAUUACAGAACCCACCUCCGAGCCUUCCACAAAGAAGACAUAGGAUUAUCUUUAAAGUUGUCGGCGGAAGAAAUAGAGGGCUUAAGUACAUGUAGAUUCGAGGCAGAAUGGUGGAGAUGCCAAGGCUGCUUGAGAAAGGUAGUCGUGGGGAGCGAAGGGUAUAGUUGCAAAUCUUGCAGAACUAUCUGCGAAUCAGCAAGAAUUUUGGCGAGGAAGACGAGAUUUGGGUUUGGCGGCUUGAUUGGUAGUGAAAGAGUGAUAUCUAGUCCAAAUGGAGCUAUACCCCCUCAAGCUUCCUAUCCUUCAGGCGAUUUGGAUGUCUCAGAUGAGCCAAAAACUGUUGUUAGUGGAGAAACUCGGGGUUCCGAGGAUUCUGCAAUACGGUGUUUUUCUGAUCCACCGCCUACUCUAUCACCUGCAAUAACACUCCCGAUACCCAAACUUGAAAUGGCACGGCGGGGAAUAUCGACCGAAAAUAUUGCAACCGAGCGAAGCACUUUUGCUACAGAAGCUGUAUCUGAAAAGGAUCAAGGCAGCUUAUAUAAUCUAAAAGUCUGCCCGUCGCCCAGGAUCCCUCAAGAUGACAUCAUUGAAUAUACUCACAAGGAGUAUACCAGCAAUAAAGUUGUUCCACUCACUACAAUCAAACAGUUAGGACAUGGAUCUCUUGGAAUCGUUGAUGCAGUUCGUUUCAAUGACAGAGAUCAUAAUGGUUUAAUUGCUCGAAAAAUCAUUCGUCUCCCCAGCUUCUCGCGAAAAAGGCUAUUGCCUCUAAUCCAACAAGAGGUGGCAGUUCUUCGGGGGCUCUCUCAUAACCAUAUCGUCAAGGUUAUCAGCACUUAUGAGACAAUCAAAGCUCCUCGGCAAUUUGGAAUUCUCAUAUCUCCAGCUGGUGACGAAGAUCUAGGUCAUUUUCUUGAACGAGUUAGUGACAGUGAUUUUCCAGAAGAAGAUAUGAAGCUGCUGAGUGGCUGGAAAUGUUGCCUUGCUUCUGCGGUAUCAUAUAUUCACUCUCAGAAUAUCAGACACAAGGAUAUCAAGCCAAAUAAUAUAAUCUGCAAGGGUGAUCAAGUCUAUUUGACUGAUUUCGGAUCUGCCCACCAGUUCAGUGCAGGUGUCACAAGUUCAACGGAAGGGUCUUUAGUGGGCAUCACGAAAAUGUACAGUGCGCCCGAAGUGAUCUCAGAUGAUCGAAGGGGCCGACCUGCUGAUAUUUACUCCCUGGGGUGCGUUUUUGCAGAAAUGGCUACUGUAGCUGAUGGCGAACGCAUCGAGGACUUUCAUGAAUACAGAAGCCAGCCAAUACCAGAUGAGCCUGAUAGAAUGACCUACGUUUAUCAUGCGACUUCACAUAUGAUAAGCCCUUGGUUUAACGAAUUGGGAGAUUCAUGGAUGGCCUCACUCCUUCAAAAUAUGCUGGCUUUCGACCAAAAAUGUCGCCCGACAGCUGACGUUCUCGUUGAAAAUCUAUUGCAGCAUUAUGGGUCCUCUAGUUGCUUGUGUCAAAUAUAG